AAUUAAAACGUAAACAAGGAAAUGUAAACCGUUCGGGACGCUGCGGGAAGACUAAUGAGGCGUUAUACCAACCUGCUGGCCCAACCGUGCUGAUGGUGCGUUCCCCAGGUGUUUAAUUCAGCAAAUGCAAGCACGGUGUUUUCAGGUAACACUGCCACCGUGUAGAGCUGCAUAGGAUGGAUCUUGAGGGGGAGGUGACGACACCCAGAAGUGAAAGCAUGGCUGUGACAGUACGAGAGAUGAACAACACGACUACCGCAGCAAGCAACAAGUCUGGUGACGAGCCUGUACGUGACAACCGCUCGUACGAGUGCGAUGUUUGCUUCAUGCGUUUCACCCAGUUUGCCAACAUGCGGAGGCACAAGCUCAGCCACUCUGGCAUCCGCCCUUUCGAGUGCCGCUUGUGCCUUCGGCGUUUUUUCCGCAAGGACCAUCUCGUUGAACACACCGUCCGCAAGCAUUCGAAGCAGCGACCGCUGCGCUGCCCCUUCUGUGCAAAGACGUUUCCCUCUGUGCCCAUGCUCAAAUGUCACCUCUCCAAUGCCCACUCGUCAGGCUACACUCCUCGCAGCAACAUUUGCAACAUAUGCGGUUUUGUUGCCACCUCAGCCGGCGGAGCAAAGAUUCAUUACAUGACCUACCACGUUCGCAGAGCCCUGCGGUCGUCAUCUCCAACAGGAAAUUCACCAGGCCUUGCUUCCUUGCUUUCUUCACCAUACCAGGGUCCAAAUGGUGAAGUCUGCACCUUAGGGCCAAGUACCAUGGCGGCAAUGGAUGUGUACCGUGAGUCCUCCGAGGAUGGUGUGGGUGCCAUAGAGGUGCAUCACAUUGAAGGAGACUACUCAGAAAUAUCACCUCGUAUCACGAGCGUAACAUCUCAGCGCGACUCCGCUGACAAGGCUGGUGAGGAGAACGACGAUGACAGCAUGAUUGUGGUCAAAUCGGAGAUGCAGGAAAACAUCACUGACACACUUACCGCUGACAACGGCGACACCAACAACAACAACACAAAUGCCAGCAACAACAACAAUGCCUCUGCCAGCACUGGCUCUGGAACAGCUGGAGCUGAUGAGAGCAGGGAUUCUCCUCGGGACAACCAGUCCUCUGCCGAAGACCAUGGGUUCAUUACCUCUGAUACAGGAAACUGGACCAUGCCUUCAUCUUCGUCGUCUCAAGAGCACUGCUCCUUGGGGACCAGUGGGCAGUGGAGUGCAACAGCAGUACAUGGAAACCACGACCUUGGUAUAGUCAUCUCGCCUCCUCCGACUGGCGCAUUUGGGUCCACUUCUGUCGGGGAUAAAGCCGACGAGAAACAGAUGCGCAGCACACCAGAAACAUCUACUGCCGAUGGUGACAGUGGCGUUGACAUGCGCUACCCAAGUCCUCUGGCCUGCCAGUAUUGUGAUGUUGUCUUCUACGAUCGCACCCUGUACCUUCUACACCGUGGCGCUCACUCCUUCCGCAAACCAUGGAGGUGCAACCUUUGCGGUCACCAAUGCAAGCACAGGUAUGACUUUGCCAGCCACCUGGUUGCUCACCCGCACAUCUGACAACGCGUGCCGGUUGAUCACUGUGGAGCACCGCCACCUCAAGGAUAAGGAGUGGUUGUGACACAUUGCAUUUGUUUGUCCUUCUUGUUGCAUUAUAUGUGGCGUGUAAGAUGUCGCGAUGCUGUUUGGGCAGUGCGCUGUCGUUUCUGAGAGCUGUAUUUUAUAGAGAAAUGAGGUCUUCUGUUUGUCGACUGCACUUAGUGAGUGGACUGGUGUGAAACGCAAGUCUGGAAACAGCGAUCAACCGGUGAAAAAAAAGCGUGCAUGCCCAAUGUUGUGUUGACUGAUCAUGACUGUAACUUUUUUUCUGUGGGAGUUGGCAGGCUACAGCUGCUCCUAUGGCUGAUGAUCGUGCCUUGCAGUCUAGCAUUUGUCGGAGGAUUGUUGCCUGUUGGUAACUUCAAACGAGUGGAUGCCAUCUCGCAACCAUUCUGAACAUCUCUUCUUUAUCCAGCGUGUGCCUUAUUCAUUGUUGAAACAAAGCAUAAUUGCUGUUUUUACUGCAUGUUUACAAGAGCCACCUGGCUCCUUUCUACUCACACUUUCUUACUCUCCAUGCCCAAGCGUGACCUGUCCCUUUCAUGGGGUACCAUGGUGCAGCAUAAUAAUAAUGGAGGAGCACUAUUGCUCUGCGUGUUAAUUAACAAUUCUAACCUUUCACCAGUCUAUCUAUCAUCUGCAUCACCAAAGUGCCUUGUAUUGCAGGUAAACUGAACUUGUUCUCCCCAUAGUUGGGGUGAAUCUCAGUGUUGACUUUUUCUUCCUCUGCUCAUAACCCCAAGUCCUGUAUAUUUACUCCUGCUUGAGAAUAAGCUAUGCAUUAUAUAUACAUUAUUUGCUCCUGCAUUUGUAAGACACAGGGCUUCAUUCUUUUUCUUUUUUAUAUAGCACAUACACAUGUUACGAGCAUGUUGCUGUAGAGUGAUGGUGUACGAUUCUGAUCGUGUGUGUGUAUGUAUUACAGCAUCAGUAGCACUGUCAAUUUUACUGUUGCAGUUUUCCUUGUUGGAUUGUGUUUAGAGUCAGUGACUGCAUAAUAGGGUCUAAAAUGCCUGAAAUCACUCAUGUGCAGUGUAAUUUGAUUAAUGCAAGGCUCAACAUACAUUUGUGAACCACACAUGGUCUUGGAACAUGAAUAGGACUAAGGCAACUUUUGGUCACAUGUUUUUUGUAUAAAUAAAAGAAUGCAUUUUCUAUGCAUUUUCUAGUUUGCAAAUAACACAGAAUACUAUUUUUGUGGUGCUAUAUAAUCCAGGGACUGUUCCUAGGAAAGCAUUCAAGCAUAAAUGCUCUAUUAUUGUGAACAACUUUUUGUUUGAUGAAAUUCCCUCAGUGAUUUAGGUGAUAAGGGCUGACAGCAGUCAUAAGAUGAUUGCUUGUGUAUCACUUUCUUAAGCCAACAUAUCAUGCCUUAUAUUUGUUUUCUAACUACAGAGGCCUACUAUAGCUGUAUAGAUUUUAUACUAUUGUCCACAUUAGCUGCCAUGGUCAAUAUGCAAGUGCAUAUUAGGCCCCGCCCCCUCCUUUCUUUUUUUUUUUUUGAUGACAACCAAUGUGCCUUAUAACACCAGAGUUGAACAUUCCUAUGCAGAUGCUACUUGCAAUCACAAACCAUUAUGGACACUUCAUCAAAAUUUGUGCGAGCUGCAGAGGUGCUUGAACCUGACCGACUAUCAGGGAUUCAUUUUGUUUUCAUCUACUGUCAAUGCAUUAGCUAUGUUUUUCUUAAUUUGUGAUUGUGGUUUGGUGUGUUGUGUUGAACAAAAUGCUUCUUGCUUGCAGAGAUGGUUGCUGCACUGGCUGUAUAGUCUAUAAAGAUGCCAGCUCUGGUCUCUCUUUUUAUACCGGUGGAUCAAGUCGCCCAUAGCGUGACUUGAGAAAUGCAAUAUGUUGUGUAUUGUGUGUGUUGUCGUGCAAGGUUGAGCAUGCUUUGUGUCCCCCUAGCAGAUUGCUAGCAUUUCAAAAUUUGAGUGUGCAAUAUGGUGUUGGGAUCCUCUUGUCACCGCUUGUGCAGUGUUUAUUUUUUCCUUGUUUUCUUGCAAAUUGUAUGUCUGUUGUUUGUCUUGUGUUGCUUCAGUUAUUAUGAAAGCUUAGCUGUCUAUGGGCACUAAGCCUGUAUUGUUACCGUAUGGAUUAGUACCAGUGGCAGGUGUCAUGCUUUGUUUAGGUGUGAAGUUUGAUACUGAAACUUCAAAACUGCUCUCUUCCGAUGCCUGUGUGCCUUACUCCACAUUCGGAAGCCUCGAAGACUUAUUCUGUUCCUUAUAGGUGUUUCCGCAGUGCCUUGCUGCUUUCACUAUUCCAUUCUGCCUUAAUGAAGGUAUAAGCUGAAACUACAGACUUUCUCGAGGUGUUUUUGUCAUUGCAUUUGUCUCCAAAGAGCAGUGUGCCGAUCGAAGGAAGAUAUAGGUCUGCAUGAUGUAAUUCAACAUAACAUUGUCUUAUACUUUUGUGUUGCAGAAUAUGACAUAAUUAGUACAUAUUUUGUAAGUACAUGUCAUAUUAUGACACAUCAAAAUAUAUGUUUUACUGAAUUACAUUACGGAUACCUACAUCUUUUCUUCAUAUGUGACAAGCUAUGUAUUGGUAGUGAAAUCGAGCAGUGGAAGGUCUCCGGCCUCUGUACUUUGCCUGCUGCAUAUGAAACAAAGGGUAAGUUUGAAACGAAGUAUAGAGGCACAGUGCAGGGUUUGUAAAAGAGAUUACUGUAUCUUGCACAGUUUGGUUUUAAGAUGCACGCAUUAGCCGCAAUGAAAUUUCGUUUUCCUGCAGUGCUUCAAAAAGCUUUUGGAGUCGUGAGUGCACCUCGUACAUCGAAAUGCAUUUGUUCAGUCAAAUUACUACGCACGGUACAGCUCACAGUAAGACUGUUUUGUUUAAUGUGAAAUUAAAAAGGAACUCCUCCACCUCCCUUCCUUUGUUUUCCAACAAGGAAUUGUAACCCAUUUUCUUGGCAUAUAAAGUCUUCAUUUGUACCUUGUG